AUUUCGUAUCCAUGAUUCUAAAUUCCAAACACGCACGCCGGGUCUCAAACUCUGCGUCCCACAUGGGUAUGACCCAGAAAUGCCAAUUGAGACAGACUCGGCCGAAACUUUCACGACUUGAGACUCAUGUGAAUCUGCGCGCGCGCGCGUUGCUGUGUUGUCUGUUGUUCCAAUAGACGACCUCGCACCAGGAGGGGAGGCGGAGCUUCCUGUGGAGAGAGAGAGAGAGAGAGAGAGAGAGAGAGAUGGGACCAAGAAAGAAGUGUGGAGUGUGCGACGAAGCAGAAUCCAAGUACAAGUGUCCCAACUGUCUCGUACCCUAUUGUUCAUUGGUCUGUUUCAAGAAACACAAAGAAGUUCCAUGCGUUAAGCCAGAAUCCUCUGCUGCUGAAGUUAAAUUGACUUCAGGUGUGGUAGUACAUGCUGAAAGACCAUACCAUGUUGAUGAACCGGGUGAGGUGCUGCAACAAUUGCAAUUGCAGUCUAUUGCUUCUUCAAGUGAGAUUCGUGAUGCUUUAAAGGAUGAAGAGCUUCAAAAACUAAUCUGCAACAUCGAUAGCUCCCCAGAUGCCGUGAAUGAAAUCGACAAAGCCAUGGAACUUGACGUAUUCCGGAUAUUUACCGACAAGAUUUUAUCCACCAUUAGUCCACAUCAGUGAGCUGUUGUAGCUAGAUGAGGACAAUGCAAGAACCUCCAUUGUUCUUUAAAGCAGCGGUGUAAAGUUGGGCUUUCGUUGCCUUUCUGGCGAAACACCACUUUCCCAAGCCCGGUUGUGUGUUGCGGCCCUCUGUUGGAUGUUGAUAGAAAUUUUGUCAUGAAUGUUUGGUGAAAGACCCAAAUUAUGUAAAAAGCGCAAGGUCGGAAUGUUGGUAAAUCACAUUCUCUGUAAUGCCCCGCUGAAUGCGUAGUUUCUGUGUUAUGGUUUCGUCUUAGGGCAGCUUGGGCUUAUUUGUUUGAAAUGUGGGAAAAAACGCCAAAAAUCUUACGAUUGUUCAAGCUAUGUUCAGCUUACGACAGAUGCCUUCAGUUA